UAAGGCCAUCGCCACUUUGGGCAGCUCCCUUGUGUGACAAUGGGUUUAGACAUUUGUUUUUCCUUAAUCUGGAGUGAAUGAACGACAAAAACACAGCUUCAAAAUGGACAGGGGCCAAACCACAUUCGUAUUAGUGUGAUGAGGAAACAUUCUGGAAUAUUAUAAUAAAUAACUACAAAAAAAAUGCAGCAUUCAAUGAAACAAAACAAAUCAUCCAUUAAAAUAGCCAGAAGAACCUGUGGAGACGACUGAUCCCGUCACUGUAAAAGAGAUGGGUGUUCUAAACAGGUCAUUAAGCUGUUGUUUUUGUGAACGCAUUGUUAACACACAGCGUGUGUCGAUCCAAAUCGAUACCUCUUCAAAAGCUACAGUAUCUCAUCAGAUGACCUGCUGCCAGUAUUUCAAAACCAAAGAAAUCCCGCCGUAACUAUUAAGUACCAACUGUCGUUAUUACAUGUACACUAUGAGCAGGUCCAUAAAUGAUACGCUUGCAUACUGAACACACUAAUAUACAAUGCUUAUGUGGAUCUGCUUGUACACGCGUGCACAUCCUGCUGAGUGUGCAUCCCCUUUUGUGAUGUUACAACCUGACAGCAGAGCAUACAGAUCGACAGCGUACCGGACUCGUAGAAAUUGGAUUUGUUAAUAGGCCCUGGUCCGUUGGAUCCGUGUCAACGUCUCUGCCAUUUGCAGAUUAAAAUAAUACGGUUUUCUUCUGAAGGUUAUUGCAGACUAGACAAGGUCCCGACCCAGUGCGGAUUCCUCUUUAGGGCACUAUAAGCAACGUUGCUUUGUCAACAUCUCACCCACCAAAACAAAAUAUUAGUGCAAGAAAGAAUUGAGUGAGUCUUGUGAUGAAUCGGAAGAAAACAACCUGCCCAGUAAAAAUCUCCAGUGUAGGAACUGGAGUGCAAACACUGGCAAAAUGUCCAGAUGGAGGACGGGAGGGAUGAGUAAGGCGCUCACAGAUCCCCGUUGAGACAGAGGAGACUGGAUGGGUCGGAGGGAGUCGGGUUACUUAUCGGCCCUUUCUACUCCAAAGAAGCCGUGGUGUAAAAGAUGCAACGCCCCCGAUGGGAAACAUAAUCCAGACCUCGCCGCCAGCUGUCAUUCUUUGGCUCCAGGGUAAAAUCGCAGGUAUUGUUGAAAAACAGUAAACAACGUGAACAAAAGAACAUCUUUUCAAGUGUGAGGAUGGACACUAAAGCCGGGAACUUUUGCAAGUUUUUCAUGCGUGCCCUGAGAACUCACUGACAGAUAAACUUUGCACACUUCGAUUCAUUGCACUGCUGUGGUUUUUGACCGGUGCUCCAGGAAAAGUAAUGGAGACAGAAGAGCGGGAGGAUGGCUCACAAAACCUCACGGCAAAUACAAAGGCGGAGGCGGUGGACGAGACCUCCGGCCACACCUGUGGGGUGUGCGGCCGCAGCUUUCCUCUUCUCAGCUCUCUGUCGCAGCACAUGAGGAGACACACGCGGGAGAAGCCCUACAAGUGUCCGUACUGCGAGCACCGGGCGGCGCAGAAGGGCAGCCUGAAGGCCCACAUCCGCAGCCAUAAGCUCGGCCUGUUCAGCCGCGACCUCGGUGACAAGGGAGGGGCCGGAGCUCGAGACCCCGCGACGCCCGACCCUGCAGAGAGCGUCGGCGCACCCGACAAAGCUCAAAACGUCCCCAUGAAAGCGAAGAAGAAAGGAACCAAGAAAAAGGUUAAGGGCAAAGGCGCCAUGGAGCUGGGCGACGGGGGCGACGAUGGGUCCUGUACCUGCAGCAUCUGUGGCCAGGCUUUCCCUCAGGUACUCCUCCUCAAAUCCCACAUGAAAAGGCACCGCAAUGCACAGGACCACGGCUGCCGGAUCUGCGGACGCCGCUUCCGCCAGGCGUGGUUCCUCCAGAGCCACAUGCGCAUUCACCGGGUCAAAGCCCAGCUGAGCGGCGGCAAAAGCAACGAGCCGCCCGCCACCGUCAACGGAGUUCCCCAGGACCCGGCGGCGCUCGCCAACGAGGUUUGCCUGUUUGAGCUCUGCGCCGGCUGCGGGAACUUCUUCGAUGACCGCAAGACCUUACGGGCGCACGAAAAGCUCCACAAACCCACCCACGGCCGCACGCCGACACCCCAGCAGGGGGCCGGUCCCUCCGAGCCGCACGCUGCCAAGACGCGGUUUUUGGAAAGCCUGAGCCUCACGCGCGCCGGGCCGAGGGAAACGCCGGAGGACAAGAGCGCUGGCAGGCGAAUUCCGGAGCUGGAUCCGAUUUGCAGUUACCAAGCGUGGCAGUUGGCCACCAGGGGGCGACUGGUGGAGGCCACGGAGAAAUGCCUGGGAUGGGAGGAGAGGCUAGCGGAUGCCGAGGUGGCGUUCGACACAGAAAAGGGCGAGUACGUGCCGCUGAAGCAGGAGAAGAAGAGGAAGCCGGCGGACACCUCCAGCUCCAACAUCAAGAAGAUCAAGGGCGAAACGGGCCCCGAGCGCUCGCCAAACGGCUUGGCCCACACUAAAGGGGGAGACAAGAAGAUUUCUCAGAAAGACCGGAUUUUGUUAAACGGACUUGGACACGCGUUUUAUGAGGCGCUGCAGACUAAGAAAGUCAAAGAUGUCGCCCUCACACCCAGACGCAGCAACAGCAACCGGAGUCAAGACCAGGAGGAUAAAAAAACACACUUCUGCGAGCACUGUGAUUUCCACACGGUCGACGCCUCGCUACUCAAGUCUCACCUUCAAAAGCAGCACCAAGACUUCCUGGGUCCCCACAGCAAGCACAGCAUGACUGUGGACAACAGCAGCCAGAGUGGCUCCAAAGCCUCACGAUACAUGGACUACCUCAGGAACAGGAGUUUGUUGCUCAGUCAGCCAUAUUGGAAUCCUUACACAUGCACACCUGGCCCGGGGUCAGCAGCAUCACACGUUAAGGCAGAGAAGACAAAUGACACAGAGGUCAAAGGCCACACCACUGACGCCGGAAGUCUUCUUAAUCUGUCUUCACUACCCGUAAGUGAAGGAGAGGCCUCCGUCACUCAUCUAAAAAAGACGGCGGGUCUGGUAAGACAUCAGUGCCCGUACUGCUCCCACACUACCAACUACCCAGAAGUGCUGUGGAUCCACCAGCGAGUUGCGCACAGGGUGGACGGCAGCAGCUCCGCGGCACCAAAGUGGGCCCCCUGCAUUAACAGCAACAAGAGUCUGAAGGCUGCCGGUGCCCAGUGGAGACGCACGGGGCCGCCACCAUUCCUCGAAGGCAAGGACUGCCCUGCCUUACCCGCUCCAAGAACUCAGCGCACACAGCCUCCAGGGUCGGCAACCUCCAGCAGCACCAGCAGUAAGCACUCAGCUCCCAAGACCCAACCAGGAGCCCCCAAGUCCAAGCCUCAGCCUAAGGACUCGCGCUCCUCAGAUGGGACACAGUCCAGCGGGAGGACGGGACCCCCGGCUCAAAAGAAGUCCGUCGAACACAACAGAGCACAGAAGGGGGGCAGUAAAGGCUCCGGCGCUCGAGCCACUUCAUCAAGCAGCAUUGUGCACAGCAAGAGCUCCUCCGGUCUCCAGCCGGCGGACGGCCCCAAACACAGAAGCCACAGAGCGCCGCCGGUGGAGGCAAACUUCCCACAGGAGGGUUUGGGUUUCAUGUUGGCCAGAAAUCACGGCGGCGCUUCAUCGGACGUCUCUGCGGAAAGACCCCAUUCCCAAAGGCAGUCGCGUGACUCGUCCUCAGGCCCUAAGGGUCCCGAUCUGUGGGCUGCCAUGAACAUGUGGGGUCACAAAGCGUAUAUGGAGCCAGUCCGUUUUGCUCAGGUAAAGAGCGAGUCAACAGGAGAUGUGCCAAUGGACAUUGAUAUUUUGAGUCUCCUGAAAAACUACAGUCCACAUGAUCUGGCCGCCGUUUACCAGCACUGGGGGUUUGUUGACCCCAGGAUUGAUCCACAAGCAAUGUUGCAGUUAAAUGGACAUUUUGGCAAAGAGGUCCACUCCACCACUGAAGCUUCCAAACAAGUCAACAGCCGCUCCACUUCCUCCUCAGGGUCUCUUCAUAAAGGAACGUGAAGUUACACCGUGUUGCUGUUCGCUCCCAGCCUGCAUGAGAGAGAACAAGGCCCACUGUUCUCUGAGAAGGAACCAGCCAUAACUCCUAAACAGAUUGAGGCACCGGAUAAUGCAGCAUGUAUGCAAUGCAAUGAGGUGGACCCUUAUUUUGUAAUAUGGUUGUUUAAUUUGUGUUUUAUAUGUUUCUUUGUUUUUUUUUGUUAGUUACCAAAACACAACUAGCUUUUCUGGAAAUAAGGUAGAACUGUUUGGAAUUUUGUCGGGGGUGUUGUUUGAAUGAAAUGUGAUGCUUCAUUAACUAAAGGAGCGCAUAUAUCAGCUGGUGUUAAGUAGUAAAUGCAAAAACAAUAAAACAAACCUCAAUCUUAAAAAAAACUUGACAAUUACUUCCCUAUACACUGUUUAUUUAUGUUUUACACAGCGCUUUAUGGGUGUAGAAUGGUAUUUUUUUUGUUUUAGGAUUAUUACUAUAUUUGAUUGUCUCAUCAUUCAGCUUGUCAGUGAACUUUUGAUUUUGAUGAAAAUAAUUCUCCCGAACAUUAUAGCUGUAACACAUAAGACCUUUUAUGUGGUUUUUGGCCAACUACUGCUAAACCGUGCCAUCAUUUUGGUAGAACCAAUGUUGUGGAAAGUCAACAGACUGCUCACUUUCAGUUUACGGGAGCAGAUUUCUGUAACUCUACAACUAUUCUAGCAUUUAGUUGUUGCUUUUUUUGACCAGUUUUGAAUCCAUGUCAAAAAGAGGAAGCGGGACUGCGGACAUAUUAACUCAAGAUAAACCCGUGACAAAUUCAUAGCUACUGCCAAUCUCUUAGAUCCAGAAUCAUUCAAUGUGUGAAAAUACCUAAAGGGGUGGACAUCGUCCGUAGCCAGUCUGUCACUCGUUAGUGUGCGAAAAAGUACAAAUACAGUGAAAAGUGGCGUCCUGCUUUAUCAUUCUACGUUUGAAAUGUGAAGUGAUCCUGUUGUUUUCUUUCAGAAAGAUGACGUUGCGGUUGAUGUAGCAAUUUAAUGCUGUGAUUUUUAGAAGUAGAAAUGUAGCAAUGAUGAUUUCUGCUGAUGUGGCUCCUGACUUGCCGCCUAAGCAACUAAAGAGAAAUAUUUGUUUGAAUUUUUGAAGUUCACCUCAUUCUAAAAUGUGUUUGUUGUAAGUUUGCAGAUUCGUUAGUAAGUCCAAAUUCAGUGUUUCCAGCUCCCGUAGAGAAACGGUCUAUGCACUUGACAAAAAGCCAUCAACUCAUGGAUUCUCGGGUGAUCUUGAGGAUACGCAAUUUAUUGUUGGAGUACUGACUUUGUUCUGUGUGGAAGACAGUUUUUUGAUAAAUAUUGUAUCUGUUCAUUUUAUUUAAGGUAUUUCUUUUGUUUACUAAGAGUGUGAUUUUCACUCCAAGGUACUUUGUAUUUGUAGUAACAACAGGGGGAAGAAAAACCAGGAGGAGGCCGGAGAGUCAGUGACUUGUGCAGUCAGCAGGUGUUAGUGAUCGAACUGCUGAGGAGAAGUUUGACAGGAAAAUGCUUGAUUUUAAUGCAAACCUGAACAUUUAUGCAAAAGCUUAAACGUGAGCUCUCACUGGGUUAAUGUUUGAGACCAUGUAAACAUAGUUAAAUUAUGUUGGUAUAAGAAUUUCUAUUUUCACCAGUUCCACAUAUUGUCUGACUGUUAACAUGUACAAAUAAAGUUGGUCAACGUAGAUUGAUAUUAUGA